AUGGCACCUUUCAAGAACCUUUUCACCACUUCCAUUAACAUCUCAAGAACCCUAUCUUUCCCUUUACCAAGAUCAAGAACCCACCAUUUAGCCAUUGCCCUUCUCCUUCUUUCGUUAUUCUUCUUCACCUCUACAUCUCUAACCAACCAAUUGCCGUCUUUUUUAACUGCAUCUUCUCUUGCUUCUAGCAUUCUUUUUGCAGCAAACUAUAUUUCUCCAUUCUCUUCAAUCACAUCUUCAAGAACAUGUUUAGUCUCUGACUCAACCGAUAACUGCACACUCUCUUCUGUUACUGCAAUGGAGAGAACUCGCAUGAAUCCAAGAAAAGAAGAAGAAAUUGAUGAUGUUAUUGCAGGCCUUAGUUCUUGCGAUAUAUUUAAUGGAAAUUGGGUUCUUGAUGAUUCUGAUCCUAUUUACCAACCCGGGUCUUGCCCUUUUUUAGAUGAUGCCUUCAACUGUUUCAAUAACGGAAGGCCUGACGUGGACUAUCUUCGAUAUCGAUGGAAACCUCAUGGAUGCCACAUUCCAAGGUUUGAUGGGAGACAGAUGUUGCGAAUGUUAAAGGGGAAGAGAAUGGUGUUUGUGGGGGACUCGUUGAAUAGGAAUAUGUGGCAAUCUUUGGUGUGUGCACUGAGAGAAUCAGUGGAGAAUAAGAGCAGAAUCUUUGAAAUUGAGGGUCGGCGAGAGUUGAGGACUAGAGGGUUCUACUCUUUCAACUUCGUAGAUCAUAAUUGCUCGAUAGACUUUGUAAAAUCGCCAUUCCUUGUUCAAGAAUGGCGAAGCUCAGACAGGCGUGGAAAUCGAAGAGAAAGACUCAGGCUUGACAUGAUCCAAACCCCUUCUUUCAAUUACCAUGAUGCUGAUAUAAUCAUCUUCAACACCGGUCACUGGUGGACGCACCAGAAAACAUACAAAGGCAAAAAUUACUUCCAGGAAGGUAGGAAAGUCUAUAACAGGCUAGAAGUAAAUGAAGCUUAUAAGAAAGCUUUAUGGACAUGGGCAAAAUGGGUUGAUUCUAACAUCAACAGAAGCCAUACCAGGGUCUUCUUCGGUGGAUACUCAGCUUCUCACUUCAGGAAAGGGAAAUGGGAUUCAGGCGGGCACUGUCAUGAAGAAAGGCAGCCUGUAACAAACGACACUCAACUUAAACCAUAUCCAUUGAUGAUGAAGAUUCUUGAAUCUGUUAUAUCAGAGAUGAAGACGCCAGUUUUUUACCUCAACAUUACCAGAAUGACAGGGUACAGAAAAGAUGGGCAUCCUUCGGUUUACCGGAAACCUAAUGCCCAUCAAAGAACUCCUGGGAUUAUCCAAGAUUGCAGCCAUUGGUGUCUUCCCGGUGUUCCAGACUCCUGGAAUGAGCUUUUCUACGCCACUUACCUUUUAUCACAUCAUGAUUUGUCAAGCAACCACUAGACCGACACUUGUUGUAGUUCAUGUUGUCCAACUGAUAAAUAGUGUAAAAAUUCAAAUGUCCCACACAAUCUUGUAGCAGUUA